AUGGCUACCACCCAGAAGAAGCCCGUUUGGGAGCCACAUGCCGUUGAGGAGACGAACGUCAGUCAAUUCAUUGAUUUCAUUAACAAGAAGCAUGACUUAAAACUGCGGACGUACGAGGAUCUUCAUCGAUGGUCAACGGCACCAGAGUCUCUGCAGGACUUUUGGCAAGAUGCGUACAGCUGGCUUCGCCUUGCCCCUCCUGGAGCCCCGAAACCCGGCCCGAUGCUUGCAAAUAGGAGUACGGUUUUGGUAGACAUGUUCCCGCCUCCGACAUUCUUUCCCACUGAAUCUCUGAACAUUACAGAGAUAAUCCUGAGAGAUCGUCAGGACGAUAAGGUUGCUAUUCACUUUGCCCGUGAGGGCACUUCGGACAUUGAGAGCGUCACAUGGAAAUCAUUCCGGGAACGUAUCCGUCGAUUACGGAGCGCCAUGGUUCAGUCUGGAAUCGUGGCUGGCGACGUCAUUGCAAGCGUGAUAUCAAACUCGGUCGAUGCCAUGGCGAUAUGUCUGGCGGCUCUUUCGAUUGGCGCAGUCUGGACGUCCUCUUCAUGCGACCUGGGUUCGGCUGGCAUCGUUGAUCGCUACAAGCAAAUAAGCCCAAAGCUGAUAUUUGCCGACAAUGGUUAUAUCUAUGCCGGGAAGACGAUAAAUCUUCAGGACCGCAUUGCUGACUGGUCGCACAAGCUGGGCUACGAUACGAGUAAGCUGACCAACGUAGUUGUUAUCCAUUACUGCGAAUUCGAGACGGAUCUCGCCAAGGUCUACCUCGGGUGCACCCUUCAGGCAUUCUUGGAACGCGGCUCGGACGACGUGUUAAGCUUCAACAUGGUUCCGUUCUCACAUCCAGCAUUUAUCCUUUAUUCUUCAGGGACGGCAUGUUUCCCCCUCAUCUGGUCUGACCAAUGGCUGAAUAUCUAUUUGGCUUAUUGGCAAAUGCUCACCGGAACUUCCUGGGUCAUGUGGAUUUUGAAUCUUCUCAAUCUUUCAUGCGCAGAUUCCAUGUUACUCUACGACGGAUCCCCUUUCCAUCCUCGUCCCUCGAUACUUCUCGAACUAGCACAAGAUAUUGGAGUAGCAGUAUUUGGUACCUCUCCCCGGUAUCUCGCGGAACUGAAGAGUCGAGCCAUCGUACCACGUGAAACUUUUGAUUUAAGUAAACUACGUGUCGUUACGUCCACCGGCUCCGUCCUCCCCGCCGAUCUCUACGACUGGUUUUACAAAAUAGGUUUCCCCACACGGACUCAUCUGAUAUCCAUGAGUGGUGGUACUGAUAUUGCGGGAUGCUUUGUUGGCGGCACCCCCCUCCUUCCUGUCUACGCUGGUGAGAUCCAAUGCAAGGUCCUUGGUAUGGCUGUGGACGUCUUCGAUGCCACGCGGACCGAGCCUCUGUCCGUGGAGGGUUUGGAUGAACCGGGUGAGCUAGUCUGCACUAAACCCUUUCCCAGUCAGCCUCUUGCAUUUGUUGGUGAGAAGGGCCAAGAGAGGUACGAGGCUUCCUAUUUUGAGAGGUUUGGACGAGCCAUUUGGUGCCAGGGUGAUUUCAUAAAACGCAUUCCGGAUACCAGGGGGUUGGUUAUACUCGGACGCUCUGACGGCGUUCUCAACCCUUCUGGAGUUCGGUUCGGAUCCGCCGAGAUCUAUGCUGUAACCGACACCUUCCCCGGCUUGGCGGAUAGCAUCUGCGUGGGACAGAAGCGCGACAUCGAUGCUGAUGAGCGUGUAUUGCUGUUUGUCAAGAUGCGACCAGAUUCGGCAUUUAACCCACAGCUUGUUCGGGGUAUUCGAACUGCCAUCCGAGAACGAUACUCCCCGCGCCACGUGCCGAAAUUCAUCUUCGAAGUCGCCGACAUCCCUUACACUGUCAACGGCAAGAAGUGCGAGAUCAACGUUAAGCACAUAGUCAAUGGCCGAAAAGCUGCUGUAAGCGGUACAGUGGCUAACCCAAGCGCACUGAAGUUGUAUGAAAGAUAUCAAGACCUUCCAGCUGAGGGACCCACAUCGUGUUCAAGGGACGCGAAGCUGUAA